UAAAUUACGAAACCAAGGCGUUUGAAGGUCAUGACGCCAGAGAUAUCUUACAAAUUUUCAGCUGAUAUUUCGCGUAUAGUCCAUUCUUUUAGAAUCAUUGCUACUGGGGGAAGGGUGUGUGGAAUUGCUAUUUCCUGCAAUUUUCACUAAUUAAACUCGAAAUUUGAAGUGAAUAAUCUUCACCACGAGCGGAUUUAGGAAGAUGAAUUAUUGACUGACGGAGAUCAGAAAUUGAAGAAAUUAGUCGGUUCUCAACACUCGAGUGAGUUAACAGACAACGGGAUAUUGGAUAUAGAGAUACCAGCUUCCAAAUCGGCAACCAUGUCACUCCGUCAGCUAGGUCGCACCGUCUGCCGCCAGAAGGAGGUCAAAUACGAUCUCACCUCGACACCUCUUGAUCGAUGUCUCUCCACGACCGAUCUAUCGCUGAUUGCUAUCGGCUGUAUGCUGGGGUCCGGUGUCUACGUAUUAACAGGAGAGAUCGCAGGUGAAAUGGCUGGGCCUGCUGGCGCCCUCUCCUUCCUAAUUUCCGGCAUCGUCGCUCUCAUGGCUGCCAUGUGCUACAUGGAAUGUGCCACACGCCUCCCCGAGACGGGGGCGUCCUACCUCUACGCCUAUGUGGCCUUCGGCGAGAUCUUCGCCUUUAUGAUCGGCUGGAACGCCAUCAUUCUCAGGGUCAUGUCCGUCGCUCUCGUCUCGCGAGGCUGGAGCGCGUACUUCGACAACAUCAUCAACGGCGUGGUCGGAAACUGGACGGUGAAUGUGGUCCUGGAUGGUGAGCCAUGGGACUCGCCCUUGCUUGGAGACUACCCGGACUUCCUCGCGGCAGGAAUCGCGAUUCUGGUGUGUAUCCUGGUCGCCGUUGGCACGUCGAUCUCCGCCCGCGCCAACGGUUUCUUCGUCACCAUCAAUGUCAUCACCGUCGCUCUCGUGCUCGUCACUGGGUUCGUCUACGCCGACUUCGAUAACCUGACGCAUCCCGAUGGCUACUUCCCGUUUGGCUUCAACGGCGUUUUGACCGGUUCCGCCGCUUGUUUUACAGGGUACUGCGGUUUUGAAGCGGUUGCCUUCAGCGCCGAGGAGGCCAAGAAUCCCAGCCGAGGGCUUCCCAUCGGUGUCAUCAUCGGUUUCUUGGUGUCCAUGCUGUGCUAUUCCGGCGUCCUCAUCUCCCUGACGGCAAUGGUACCGUACACUGAUAUCAACAUCGAAUCUCCCUUCGUAGCUGCCUUCGGCGCGGUAGGUGCUAACUGGAUGCAGUAUGUUGUAGCGAUAGGGGCACUUUGCAGCAUGACCGGGUGCAUUAUUAACUGCGUCUUCUGCGUCGCUCGAUGCAUAUACGCUCUUGCUCGUGACGGGCUUCUGCCAAAGUUCCUAGGGUACACCCAUCCUGUGUCAAAGACACCCGUAACUUCAACCCUCUUUGGUGGAAGCUUGUCCGUCAUCAUCACCAUCUUCGUCGACUUCGUCUCCCUGAUCCAGUUUCUGUCUCUCGUGGCCUUUAUCGAGUUCAUCAUCGUUAUCGCCUCCUCGAUCAUGCUGCGAUACCGCCCUGACCAGGAAGUCAGCGGUUAUGCUUCCUUAGGCGGCAGCAACACUCACGUAACCGAAGUCAGUCACGUCCCGAACGUCAGCAUCCAGAACGGCAGCAUCCAGAAUGGCAGUGCUCAGAAUGGUGGCACUCCCAACGGGAAGAAGGGUCACCGUCACCAUCGAAACAGCGCUGAGACCACGCCCUUACUGAACAACAACGGGAAACCGCAUCCGAAGAGGCGCUACCAAGACAGCAACCUGAAGAGGAUGGGCGCUCCCAACCCUGGUCCAACUGUUGCUCUCUGCAUCAUCGGCUUCAUUUGCUUCUCCUGUGGCAGCAUGGUGCUCUUAACGUACUUUUUUGACGAGAUCAGCUCUGGGAGCUUACCCUACAUCCUCAGUCUGGCCGCGCUUCUUCUGCUCACACUCAUCGUCUGCAUACCUUUGAUCAGACUGCCUCAAUAUGGGGAUAAUAUUCCAUUCAAGGUGCCGCUCAUGCCUUACUUUCCUCUCGUGAGUCUCCUUGCCAAUGUAUUUCUCAUGGUUCAGUUCAGCGCCAUCGCUUUCAUCGAAUUCGGCAUCUGGACAGCCAUUGGAUUGGUUGUCUAUUUCAUCUACGGCGUUAGCCACAGUCACGAAUCCGAAAAGUACAAGCAUCGGAUAUCGAAACAUGUCGACAUACAACCGAAUGGUGACGUCACCGAGUCCAUACCGAUUACGAGGGACUUCGAGACUUCGGAUCACGGGUCACGGAGGUCAAGUGCUGACAACAACGCGUACUGGGCAGGCGAUAGUCUGGUGACGUCAUCAGAGACGAGUUUUGCCGGUUGUUGACGAGAUCGAGAGUGAAGUUGACGAAUCUUGAUUUUCGGCAUAUUCCGGAGAUUGUUUGGUUAUGCAAGCGUGCGUUAUACAACGUCGACGCUAUCAAUGAAAGUUGCUUGUAUCAUUGAAGAAAUUAUUUGAGAUGUUUGUGCUCCCAUUUUUAUAUUGAUUGUACUUAACAGAUGUGAAAAAAGAUGCAAAAAACCGAAGGAAGUA